AUGUCUACCCACGCUACUGUUCAGGUUUCCGGCAUCUCGCCUGCAACCUCUGAGAAAGAUGUUCGCGACUUCUUCAGCUUCUGUGGCAAGAUUGUGACUCUGUCCAUCACUCCCGUCUCAUCUGACGCCGAUUCUGUCAAGUCCGCCAGUGUGACAUUUGAGAAGGAAGCCGCCGCCAAAACCGCCCUCCUCCUCGACCAGACCCAAUUGGGCGGAGCCCCCGUCCACGUCGAAUCAACUUCCAACAUCAACGAUCUCGCCGGAGCCCAAGCCACCGGCGCAGGCGAAAAGACCGACGACGAGCACGAAAUCGCACAGGAGGAUAAGCCUCGCUCGCGCAUUCUGGCCGAGUACCUAGCACACGGCUACGUCGUCAGCGACGGCGCAAUUGAAAAGGCGAUUUCCCUGGACCAAAAGCAUGGCUUCUCAAGCCGUUUCACUAACGCACUGAGCAACUUCGACAACAAGUUCAAUGCUACCGGCCGCGCGAAGGGUCUCGAUGAGAACUACAAGAUCUCUGAGAAGGCGGCUACGGGCUGGCGCGGUCUAAAUCAUUACUUCGAGAAGGCCCUUGAGCAUCCCCACGGCCAGAAGCUGCGCGAGUUCUACGUCCAGACUGAUAAGCAGGUCCGUGAUAUUCACAAUGAGGCUCGUCGUCUCGCUGAUCUGAAGCUUGGUAAGGGUGGCGCUGAGGGUGAUGCUACUGCUACUACUGCUGAUUCCUCUGCUGUCGCCCCUGCUGCGCCCGCUGAGGCUGCCGCCGUUGCCCCGACUGUUGUUCCUGCUUCUGAGCCUGCUGGCGCGGUGCCCCCUGCUGAGCCUAAGGCUUAG